ACGUAAAAAGACAAUGAAUUUGAUUGGCUGCGAUCGACUCAAUUUGAAAACGUUGUUUUGUUUGAACAAAGGCGACGGAGGGAAUGCAAAAUCAACAAGAACGUUAAAUAGACGGAACAAGCAAUAAUGACCAAACCAGCAAAAUCCAAAACCCCCCGCCGUCUGCCUCUAAAAAAAACAAGCAACCAGAAAGAUCCUGUUGGGGUUUACUGUCGUGUGCGACCACUUGGCCGAGAAGACGAAGAAUGUUGCAUCGAGGUAAUCAGCAGCAGCACCAUCCAGCUGCAUGCGCCAGAAGGCUUCAAAGUAAACCGCAAUGGAGAAUACAAAGAGACACAGUACUCCUUCAAAAAAGUCUUUGGAGUAUUAGUAUCUCAAACCGAGCUGUUCGAGAGUGUUGCCAAACCUCUCGUUGAUGACCUCAUCCAUGGAAGAAAUGGCUUGCUCUUUACAUAUGGCGUGACGGGAAGUGGGAAGACAUUUACCAUGACUGGCUCUCCGGGGCUGGGUGGACUUCUGCCUCGCUCUCUGGACAUGCUCUUCAACAGCAUUGGGCCCUUCCAGGCCAAAAGAUAUGUCUUUAAGUCAGACGAUAAAAAUGGCAUUGAGGUGCAGAAUGAAGUCGAUGCCCUGCUGGAGAGGCAAAGGCGCGAAAAUGUUUGCAUUCCGAAAACGGCCUCGUCCAGACAGAAGGUGGAUCCCGAAAUUGCCGAUAUGAUCAAGCUGGCGGAGGCGUGCAAAGCAGAUGACGUGGAUGAGGACAGCAGCUACAGCGUCUUUGUGUCCUACAUCGAAAUCUACAACAACUACAUCUAUGAUCUUCUCGAGGAAAACCAGGAGGAUGCAAUCAGGCCAAAGUGGAAUGGUGGAGGCACACCCAUGCGUCAGAACACUGAGUUCAUGCCGCCUCAGUCUAAAAUUCUCAGAGAGGACCAGAACCACAACAUGUACGUUGCAGGUUGUAUGGAGGUGGAAGUCAAAUCUGCUGAGGAAGCGUUUCAGGUGUUUUGGAAAGGUCAGAAGAGGAGGAAGGUUGCAAACACCCGGCUGAACCGCGAGUCCAGUCGAUCCCACAGCGUGUUCAUCAUUAAACUUGCGCAGGCUCCUCUGGACGCGGACGGCGACGGCAUCCUGCAGAACCAAGUGGCUGUCAGCCAGCUGUGUCUGGUGGACUUGGCGGGAAGUGAGCGAACUGGCAGAACUGGAGCCGAGGGCACUCGCAUACGUGAAGCAGGGAACAUCAACCAAUCUCUGCUGACUCUGCGGACAUGUAUCGAGGUCCUGCGGGAAAACCAGAUGUGUGGGACAAACAGGAUGGUUCCCUACAGAGACUCCAAAGUCACCCAUGUUUUCAAAAACUAUUUUGAUGGAGAAGGCAAAGUCAAAAUGAUUGUGUGUGUCAACCCAAAGGCUGAUGACUACGAAGAAACCUUGCUGGUGAUGCGCUUUGCAGAAAUGACACAGGAAGUGGAAGUCGCUCGGCCAAUGGAUCGACCUAUCUGCGGCUUCACGCCGGGCCGCCGCAAUAGAAACCAGGCAUUCAAAGACGAGCUGUCUCGCAAGUUGGAGGAGCGCGGCGGUCCAAUAGACAGAGACGUACCUUCCGUUUUGAACUUGGCGAUGCACAGCCUCCCCCCUAUCCCCACUGCCGAGGUGACAGAUGCUCACGAUGAUAUCACCUUCCCAAGGCUGAUUGAGGCGCUCCAGAACAGGCACAGAAUCAGACAGACCAUGCUAGAAGACUACAACAAAGCAGCCAACACGAUGACAUCCCUCCUCCAAAAGCUUGACAGCAAUAUUAAUUCCAAAGAGAAUUAUAUUCACGAGCAGAACGGCAAGCUUUUGGAGAAGGACAAGAUCAUCCAAAGCAACAAGGCAGAAAUUGAGCGGCUGGAGAAAAAAACUAAGAUGCUUGAGCAUAAGAUUGACAUCCUUCAGAAAACCACCAAAAUCUAUGAGGAUGACAAGCGUUCCCUGCAGCACGAAUUGGAAACGGGGGCGCAGAGGCUGCAGCGAGAGCUGUCGGAGAAGAGACGCAUGGAGCAGCGCAUGCAAGGCGCCGUCACGGACACGCAGCACAAGUGGGAAAAAGAAUGCGAACGGCGCGUGAACGCAAUGCAACAGCAGAUGCAGAACAAACUGUGGGUGAAAGACGAGAAGCUGAAGCAGCUGAAAGCCAUCGUGACCGAAGGCAAGACGUCGGGUCGCCCCGAGCCGCCGCCGCGUCAGACGCAACCGAAGCCGCCGCCCCCCAGGGAGGAGCGAGCCCCCUUGCCCGCAAAAAGAUCUGCUUCGCCCUCACCAAUGACGUCGACGCCGGUUCGACCUCUGCACCGACGAUCCCGCUCGGCAGGUGGGGAGAAGUGGGUGGACCACAAGCCCUCCUCCAGCCUGGACCUGGGAACGGUGCUGCAGCCCAUCAUCCCGAACGCCAUCAAAGUGUCUGCUCCCAAUGAGAAGGCGCUGUCCAAGUGCGACAGAUAUGUGUUGACGCACCAGGAAGUUGCCUCCGACGGCGAGAUACAGACCCAACUUAUUAAGGGUGAUGUGAUGAAAACCAGAGGAGGAGGACAGGCUGUCCAAUUCACUGACAUUGAGACAUUGAAACAGCAACUCACCACGAUUGAAUGUCGCAAGAGGAAAUCUUCAGAAGGAGAUAGCGGAAACCAAAACGGUGGAUCUGUGGCCGAUGUGGAGAAGAGGUGUGCCGUAGCUAUGGAGAUGAAGGCUGGCUCCACAAUGGGACCUGGUCUUGAGCAUCAUUGUAUCACGAAGCGCAGAAAACCCUGAAAACAGCAAGUGGAUCCACUGAUGAUCACUCCAUUUUGUUCUUAUCUUUUUGUGCAAUAGCCAAAACCUUUUUGUCCUGUGCUGAUAUUUAACAUUUGAUGCGGUUAUAUUAUGCAUGUGUACACUUCCAAAGCUGUUCAUAAAUUUUUUGUUCUAAGAACCAACAGAAUAUGUGAUGUCGAGGUCAGUUUUGUGUGGUGUCUGUAGCCCUGUCAUCCUUUCAGAAGCGUAGCCUAUGGUCUUCAGAGUAUUAUUAUUUUUUUAAGUGGCGAGGUUGCCUUUGAAUAACGGAAUGCUCCCAGUGUUACUGUACUCGGGAAUAAAAUUCCUUAGCACC